AUAGAAGGAAAAGGGUAUUCAAUUUUGUUCGAAGCCAGUGCUGGUUUCUUUCUCUUGUCCUCAUUUUCCCCGGUACACGAACGGAAUAGAUUUUUCUCGCGAUCGGUUAUUGUCUCAAUUGGAUUUUUCCGUCGAUCAAAUCGAAUAUUUCUGUACAAUUUCGAACUAAUUGUGGCGGAAGAGCAACGCAUUUCGCAGAACUGAGCCCGUGAUGAGUUACAGAAGAGAGCACCGUUCUUCUAGAUCUGCACUCUUUGAUGACCUUGAGGAGGGUGGUCUCAGAGCUAGCGCUUCUGCGGUUGAAAUUAAAGAGCAUGACAAUGAUAGAGCGCUCCUCACUUUGGAAGAUAGAGUUUCUAUUCUGAAGAGGUUGACAGGUGACAUUCAUGAAGAAGUGGAGAGUCAUAAUAAUUUACUUGACCGAAUGGGAAAUGGCAUGGAUUCUUCAAGGGGUAUAAUGUCAAGAACCAUGGAUCGAUUCAAGAUGGUUUUUGAGCAAAAAUCGAAGUGGAGAACUUGUAGACUUGCAGUUUAUUUUGUAUUGUCCUUCUUACUUCUUUUCUAUCUCAUCAGGUUCCUCAGAUUCUUCAUGCAAAGUUAAAGUAAGAUUUGUACGUCGAGUCAACUCAACGUGACGUAUUAGAUGCAUUGCAUGAUUGUUCCCACCUCAGCAUAGUCCUUGUCUUUGCAAGAACAUUGGAACACAGGCCACACGAUUCUGCAACACAAGACUUGCCAAAAAUACAUAUUUUUAAUGGACUGGAACAGGUCAAUAAAUGGCCCCCUUUCUUCUUUUUCCUUUUAUUGUUUGCUUAUUAUUAUUGUUACUAUUUUUUGACGAGCUAAAAGCAUAUCCAUGGGUUUAGAAUAUAUACUGCAUUCAACCAGUAAUAGGUACAUAAAAAGAGUGUUCUUUUUGCUCAUGCUUUUGAAUGAAAGAAGGUUUUUAUUUUCA